AUGGACCCCGAGGCUCAAAGCAAUGGUCAUGUCAAUAGACUCGAUCCUUCUGAUUACGGAACAGCUGGCACCUCUGCGGACUCAAUUGCUUUAGUGUGCUCUGCAGUCACCCAUCCCAGUCAUAAGAAGACCGGUUCCUGUCCGACAAAUGUCCUCGCAACAUCUGCCGCAAACAAGGGCAGUUCAAUCUACACGCAAACGGUUCCCGCGAAUUCGCGCAAGUCGGAUCUUAUAUUGGACUCACAAUCAUGUGCCCAGGAGAAUUACGAAAACCGGCCAUCAAGCGGGGCGCCUAGAAGGCUCAGUGCAAGCACAGCAGCAAGUUCUUCCACAAGCGAAACCGAACCUUCAUUACCAAAACUAGGCAGGAUCGGAGUUUGUGCUUUGGAUGUUAAGGCCCGCAGCAAACCCAGCCAGAAUAUAUUGACCCGCCUGCAAGCUAAAGGUGGUUUUGAAGUGAUUGUCUUCGGUGACAAGGUUAUCCUUGACGAGGCUGUAGAAAAUUGGCCAAUAUGUGAAUACCUCAUAGCAUUCUUUUCGGAUGGAUUUCCAUUGGACAAGGCUAUCGCAUACGCAAGACUUCGGAAGCCUUUCUGCGUCAAUGAUUUGCCUAUGCAAAAGGUACUAUGGGACCGGCGACUAUGUCUCAGAGUACUAGAUCACAUGGGUGUGCCUUCACCUAAAAGAAUGGAAGUUAACCGCGAUGGUGGACCCAUACUUGAAUCCGCCGAACUCGCUCAGCAUGUAUAUAGGAUGACAGGCGUCAAACUUGAAGGGCCCAGCGACGGCACUGGCGGUGGGGCGCCCCGGUCAAUGAAGGUGACAAUGUCGGAAGAUGGUGAUUCCUUGAUUGUCGACGGCAAAGUCAUCAAGAAACCAUUCGUUGAGAAGCCGGUGAACGGCGAAGACCAUAAUAUUCACAUAUACUUUCCCAAUGACCAGCAAUACGGGGGUGGCGGCAGGAGACUUUUCCGCAAAGUCGGAAAUAAAAGCUCCGAAUAUGAUCCCAACCUCAUUACUCCAAGAUCUAUUACGGAACAUGAUACGAGCUACAUAUACGAGCAGUUUCUGAGGGUCGAUAAUUCAGAGGAUGUCAAGGCCUACACCGUUGGACCUGACUUUUGCCAUGCGGAAACGCGGAAGUCACCUGUAGUCGAUGGGCUUGUUCGGCGCAAUACUCAUGGAAAAGAAAUCCGAUAUAUCACGAAACUGAGCAGGGAAGAAGCAUCUAUUGCAUCAAAGAUAUCGAAUGGAUUUGGUCAGAGAAUUUGUGGUUUUGACAUGCUCCGUGUUGGAGAGAAAAGCUAUGUGAUUGAUGUUAAUGGCUGGAGUUUCGUCAAAGACAACAACGACUAUUAUGACAAAUGCGCUAGCAUCUUGAAGGAUAUUUUCCUUAGCGAGAAGCGCCGGUAUCAAGGCUUGCAGGAGCCUUCCGAUUCUCUGCCUCAGGAAUCAGGUCACAGCUGGAGGCACUCCAUAUCACAAAGGACCACGUUGAAAACACUAUUGAAAUCUCCCAGCUCAUCCAAGCUCCAAGGGCCUCAACAGAGCCUCAGCAGCUCUGAGACAGGAUCAACAGAGUCUAUUAUUAACCGGCCCACCACAUCUCCUUCUGGUGAGAGCCUGGACAAUGGAAACAGUCACAAAAGCCACAUCUCGAGGGAGAAAAUUGCAACAACAAAAGCCUACGACCCGCAAAACUUGAAAGCGUCCAUAGUAUCAGUUGAUUCAUCUAUCGAUGGCUGCCCACCCCCACCUCCUGCAUCCAAACACUCUUGGAAGUUGAAAGGAAUGGUUGCAGUGAUAAGACAUGCUGACCGCACACCGAAGCAGAAGUUCAAAUUUACUUUCCACAGUCAACCCUUCAUUGAUUUACUGAAGGGUCAUCAAGAAGAGGUGGUAAUCAAAGGCGAGGCGGCGUUGGCUAGUGUUUCAGAAGCUGUGAGAAUUGCUAUGAAAGAGGAGCUUGAAGAUUUGGAUAAACUUAAACUACUCCGCACAUCCUUGGAGAAAAAGGGCGGUUGGCCCGGGACCAAGGUUCAAAUCAAGCCAAUGUUCCGCAAGAGAAGACCCGAAGAGUUGCGGGGACAGUCCACUUCCACUCUCCCGGUAACGUAUCCUGAUGGGGAGUCUUCUCAGGAAGAAUCUUCGCAGCGCGCUUGUCACAACCAGACUCCAUCUGAAGAUAGAUCUGGUCGGCCUCAAACGCGAAGUGACUCAAUCUCUGGCGCUACAUUUUCGAGGUUCUCUGCCGCAGAGAACGACCUCAUUCUCGAUAAACUUCAGCUCGUUAUCAAGUGGGGAGGUGAACCAACCCAUGCUGCACGCUACCAGUCGCAGGAUCUGGGGCUCAAUAUGCGUGAUGAUUUGAAAUUAAUGAAUAAAGAGGCAUUGAACAAUGUUCGUAUUUUCACCAGUUCCGAAAGAAGGGUGAGCACUAGUGCUCAAAUUUGGGCCUGCGCCUUUCUUGAUCAAAAAGAGCUUCCCGAAAAUUUCAUACAGGUACGAAAGGAUCUUCUGGAUGACUCCAAUGCGGCGAAAGAUCUCAUGGACAAGGUCAAGAAGAAAUUAAAGCUGCUUCUGCGGGAGGGUUCAGCACCUUCACAAUUUACAUGGCCCAAAGACAAUAUUCCCGAGCCAUCAGUAGUUCUGGCAACUGUGGUCGAGUUAAUGAAAUAUCACCGAGAUGUUAUGAGACAUAACUUUCGGAUGAUUGACAAAUUGUCACCGAAGUCUCCAUCAUCCGUACUCUCCGAUAAACAAGAUGAACACUGCACCCAUGAAUUGGAUGCCCGUUAUGAGAACCCUGCAUUGGCUUCCAUUCAAGGACGCUGGUGUACGGGGGAAGACCCAAUGCUCUUCAAGGAGAGAUGGGAGAAGCUAUUCGCCGAGUUUUGUGACACAGAAAAGGUUGACCCAAGCAAGCUUUCUGAGCUAUAUGAUAGCAUGAAAUUUGAUGCUCUACACAAUCGACAAUUCCUAGAAUGGGUGUUCAUGCCACCCGAUAACGAUGACACUGACGACGAACACGAUGCUCAUAGCUGGAUGAAAGUCACGCGAGAUGACCUGACCGGAGACACCAAAUCAAGCAAAGAUGGCGCAAGCCAUGAAAAAAUUGAUCAUUCGUCCGAAACUCCAUCUUUUGCUCAUCGGUUUGGCUGGAAAAAGCGCAUGCAUGCCUUUGAAUCAAUGCCACAUUUCAGAGGCCUCGAUGACACGUACGACCACUACUUCAAAUUAUAUCCAGGAUCCAGUCCCUCGAAGUGUAAAAUGGAUGGAAGACUAUCGAAGUUGCGAGAGCUAUACAAGUUAGCCAAAGUUCUCUUUGAUUACGUGACUCCACAGGAGUAUGGAAUCACAGAUACGGAAAAGCUUGAAAUAGGUUUACUCACGUCUUUGCCACUUCUACAGGGGAUAGUAAGAGAUCUCGAAGAAGUUCAAGCGUCCCCUGAUGCGAAAUCUUUCUUCUACUUCACCAAAGAAUCUCACAUCUACACCCUGCUCAAUUGCAUAUUAGAAGGAGGGAUCCAAACCAAAAUAGCCAGGACAGCUAUACCCGAGCUGGACUAUCUUUCACAAAUCUGCUUCGAACUCUAUGAGGCUAAGGACCGCGAGUCUUCAACCAAUUCCUACUCCAUUCGCAUCUCGAUCAGUCCUGGGUGCCAUGCUUUUGAUCCUCUAGACGUUCAGCUUGAUUCCAGACAUGCCAUUGGCUGCGCUCCUAGAAGAAGCCUGACACCUCACCAGGAUUGGAAAGAAGUUAUUGAAACACUCAAGGCGAAGUUCGAUACUGUCAGCUUACCGAAGACUUUUAUUGCUGUGAAUUUGAGUGACAAACAUGUUUCUUCCCGAGGUGUCUCACCACCGGACGAGACCGAACAGUAUCUAGUUCAAACCUGA